AUGACUUUAGAGAUGGAUCAUAUUAGCGGUCUACUUGACGAGGUUCUUAGCCAUAUAUUGUCCUUCCUUCCGACAAAGCUUGCUGCUUUGACAUCUGUUCUCUCUACGAGGUGGCGCAAUCUUCUUACGUUGGUCCCCAAUCUUGACAUCAGUUCUCAUAACAAGAUCGUGCAAUUAGACGGCUCUGUGUUCUUGUGCAAUUUAUGGUGCUAUUCGCAAGGAGGAUAUGUAUGGAACUAUGCGGAGCUUCAUGGCUUUUAUGGAAAGGGAUUGGCUUUGCAGGUGUCAAGUGCAAGCCUUAAGAAGCUAACUCUCCGAGCCGAGGGUUGUGAAAGCAUGACACGUCUCUUUCUUUGGGACUCCAUUUCACGGGAGGACAAAAAUCUUUGGCUCACAUCUUGUCCACUGAAAAAGAUACAAAUUGAAAGUUGUGGAGGGACAACGGGAGAGAUGAGAAUGGUGAAGCAUUUGUUGGAGUCUUCCCCGUGUUUGGAGGAGAUGAAGAUAUUUGCCUUCAAGGAUUAUCAUACAGAUAUCUUUGAUCUUGUUGUGAAGAUGGUGAAUCUCUGCAACGAGAGUUACCGAGUUGUGGUGUUCAACUUCUUGUGUGUGAUCCAUCGUAUAUAA